UAAACAACUUUGAGCAUGCAGGCAAUUUCUCUCAUCUGUUUUGUGAGUCAUUCAAAAUAAAAAUAAAAUAAAUGCCGUUGUAUCUUCAAAGUUUAUUAAUUUGUGUUUCUAAUUUUAAUUAUCCGGUUGAACCCUUAAUUCUACCGGAUGAUUGACCAGUUACCCAUAAUUAAGUUGGAGAAUCAAAGACAAAAUUGUUUCUAUAAAACAACAAUGCACAAUAAUAAGUUAUCAUUAAAUUGAUAAGGACUAAUCAAGCGAACUAAGAAGACUAUAAUCGACAUGUCUUCAAAAUCGACAUCCCGGCGACGUCGCCAUUCCUCCUCGUCCUCCACGUCGUCAACUUCAGAGGUUUCAAACAUUUUAGAAUGUUGCAUCUGCCUUGAUAUGUGCUCAGUACCGAUCCUUCAAUGUGUAAAUGGCCACAAUAUUUGCGCAUCGCACGUCCCCCGACUCCUUUCUUGUCCGACGUGUCGAACCUCGUACUUUUCAGGAACGGGAAGGAACCGAUUGGCAGAGAAGUUGGUGGAGCAGAAGAACAAGAAACGAAAACUGACCCCUACCAAUCAAGACCCCCCUGUGGAUCCCGACUUAAUCUUGGCAUCCCUCCGAAACCACGAAUAUACAAACCAAAAUACGUUGCAAUACAGCGAAGACGAAAUCGACUACUAUUCUCAGAUUGCAGAUUUCGAUAGUGGAGACGAUUCAGACGUCUAUGUCUCCGACGAUGGUACCGUCGACACAAACCGGAUGCUCCAAGCGGAUUCUAGUGAUGAUAGCAAUGACGCUGAUUAUGGCCCAGACUUUGCUAAUAACUUUAGUCCAGACAGUAACGUUGGUCAGAGGAAUCCCAGUUCCGUGCAUGACAACCAAAACGAUGAUGGGUCGGACACGACUGAUGCCUAUUGGGACGUUGGACCUUGGAAUGUUAGCCAGGACCUGGGCCCCAGUGAUGACGAUAGUGAUGAUUGCCCUAUAACCUAUGUAAAUCGUAGGGCUCGACCUAUUCCAGACGAUAGUGACGACGACGACGACGGAGCCCAAGAAGAAGAACAGGACCACGACGAUGCUGCAAAUACGAAUUCUAAUUCCGACCAAGAACUUGAUAACAACGAUGAAAAUAACUAUGACGACGACGACAGAGUUACUUACGACCAGGAUAAUAUCAAUCAUUUCGAAGGGGAAGAAUCAGAUCAGAGUGAUGAUGACCAGAGUGGUGGAGAGGUAAAUAAUGACACGGAUAUUAGUGUCCUUUCUGAUGGCGACAGCGAUGCAAAUGAUGAUGAGGAAGACUUUAUCACGGAGGAAAAUGAUCGCGUCGAUGCGUCGGAUGAAAAUGAUGAUAUGUACGGCAACAAUGAUACAGAUGACUAUGAUGAAUGGGUGUGAAAAGUUGGAAAAACCCAGACACAACAUUGUUCACAUGGAGUAUUGAAUGGGAAAUUAGUACAUAAUUAAUCUAUUGGUUGAAUGGAUUCCAAAUUUUAUGUAAUUCCGGACAUUUCUAUGCAUACAUACAUAUGUACGUACAUACCAGGCCAAUGGCAAAUUUGAGGUGCAUAAAUAUGUAUGUACAUUAAUUAAUCAAACUUAUCAUUUCUGGAAAAUAUUUAAUUGUAUGUAGAUCAAUAUCAACAAUGUAUUUCCCUCGUCAUGUUAAAUGUUAUAAAAUUAUAUACAUAAUCAUCAGCUUCUGCCUUGCAAAUUAAGACUGACUUCUUGUUGUCAAUCCACCAGUAAUUAUUUUGUAAUAAAAUAAAAUCUACGGACAAAUUUUCUGAAAA